UCUUUGUACGAACUUAAAGUCAAGAUCGCCAUCAUCUGCUACGAUGGAAACAGUACAGACGUAUACAAAGCCAGAGACCUUGCACAGAAAUGGCUCAGACAGAUAUUACCAUCCAACAAAUAUCAUUUGUACAGAGUCUCUGUGUCUGUGUCAACCAGUGCCAGUGAGACAUAUGAGGAAGAGGCCCAUGACAAACCAAUAUUGCGGGCUGAAUUUUAUGCAAACCGCUUUGACUGCCUGGUCCACCUCAACGUGAUCCCCAGCUCUGAUGUCAGCACAGUGCAGAAACAGGUCUCUCAGUUGCUGAACACACCUCACAACGUCGGAUAUCUCACGCUAAUGGCUAACCCCCAGAGCAUCCAAGUGAACGCUGUAGAGGACUUCCCCCCUGCCACAGUCAUUCCUCCCAUUGUCAUGGCCACUGGAACCUCUUCUGACACAACCACAGACCUUAGUGUCACGACUGGUGGUGAACUCUCAGACAUAUAUUUUGAGGUUGAUGUGAACGUGACCCUUACUGGGUUCUGUAUCCAUCCAGAACUGACUAUCAUUACCUGGCUGCAUGUCACUCUACCUGAUGAGAUGUCUGUUCUGACCUUCCAGCUUUUGGGAAAGGCAUACAGUGUGCAGCAUCCAUCUCCACGAUCAAACAUGGUUGAUUCUGAUGGGCCUUCCUUGCUCAAAACAUCAAGACACGGCUGCCGAUUCCAGAUGCGGGUGACAACGUCAUCAAGUCAAGAGGAGACAAGGACAAGGAUCCGUACCCUCCUGGAGAAGACAUACACCAAUGGCACUAUAACCAUGGAAAACAAGUCCAACGACAUUAACAUUCGUCAUAUACCGCCAGGGAGUUGUCUUGAGCACCGACACCAGACCAGACAGGGCCUGUUUGUGUGGCCAGGCACCUGGGCCCCCCGGACUGCCACACUGCCAUGUCAGGGAGACACCAGCAAGACAGCUAGCAGGCUCUGUCUGUUGGGUUUGCCAAUCCAUUGGGGCAUCCCAGAUCUGCACCAAUGUCCGUUUGUGGUUGAGACCAUUCCAGACCUAGACAACAUUGAUGUCACUCCUGAGAAUGCUAUGGAUGUGGUGGAGAUGAUAGAGAGCCUGCUGAAGGACCAUCCAGACCUCAACUGCACUGAACUUAACACCAUUCUGAACAAACUCAAAAACAUUGUAUUCAUCAGCUGUAUGACCCCACCUCUGGGCAAAGCUAUCAUCAACAUCAUCUCAGACAUGUUGGAGUCUAAGAGCUACCUGCAGCAUGUCACCAACCAAAUACUGAACAUUACAGAGAUGGUUGGCGACAAGAUGUCUUAUUUUGACCAGACAAAUUACACUUUGGUUGCUUCUGCGAUGGCUAUCUCCGUGGUGGACGUAGACCGGGACCAGUUUCAGGUCCUCACUUUUGGGGUCUCGUCUGCUGCAGAGGGCCUAAACCCCGAGAUUUAUAUCAACAAGGAUCCGUUCAAAGGGACGGUUGCAUUCAUCUCCCUACCCUCAGCCUUGAAGUACAGAUUUCCUCAACACAGUGGAACCCAGCCGCGGGUUCAGUUUCAGUUUUAUGGAGUCCCAACUCUCUUCAUGAACAACCCGGAUGGGAAGAUCCUGAACACGUAUGUGGUCUCAGCCAGUGUCACCAAUGCCAGUGGCCCCAUCAAGGACCUAGAGGAGGAUGUUGAGGUGACACUACAUCACGUGAUGUCCAAUCCACUUGGCAAGGAGGUGCAGUGUGUCUACUGGGACUUCAAUCAAAAUGAAGGAAAGGGAGGAUGGGAACAGCAUGGAUGCAGGAAGCACAACAGCAGUGCUGACUAUACCACAUGCCUGUGUGACCACCUCACUCAUUUUGGAGUACUUCUGGAUGUAUCCAGGACUCAAAUCGACAUAGCAAAUGAGGAAAUUCUGACCAUCAUCACUUAUCUGGGCUGCGGUGUCUCCUCUCUCUUCCUGGGAAUCACUGUAUUGACAUACACAGCAUUUGAGAAGCUCCGCAGAGACUACCCAUCCAAGAUCCUCAUGAACUUGUCUCUGGCGCUGCUGGGGCUCAACAUGGUUUUCCUGGUCAACUCCUGGCUCUCCUCCUUUGGCAGCUAUGGGCUCUGUGUGGCAGUGGCUUCCGCACUGCACUACUUCCUGCUGGCCUCUUUCACCUGGAUGGGCCUGGAGGCUGUGCACAUGUACUUUGCAUUGGUCAAAGUCUUCAAUGUUUAUGUGCCCUCAUACAUCCUAAAGUUCUGCUCCCUAGGAUGGGGAAUCCCUCUGGCUAUAUGCUGCGUAGUUCUGGUUGUGAAGAGAGAGUCCUACGGCAGCUCCCUCGGCAGUGAGUCCAUGGAACCACUAGAUAACUCCGAGGCGUUCUGCUGGAUCCAGGAUGAAGUGGCUUUCUAUGUGUCUGUGGUGGGCUACAUUCUGCUAGUAAUGCUGUGCAACAUGGCUAUCUUCGUGGUGGUCCUGGUCCAGAUCCGCCACAUGCGGGUCAAUCAGCCGGCUGGCAUCCACAGCGGCCUCCUUCUGCAGGACCUGAAGGGGGUUUCCAGUCUCACCUUCCUGCUGGGUCUCACCUGGACUGUGGCUUUCUUUGCCUGGGGGCCAGCCAAGGUUCCCUUCCUCUACCUCUUCUGUGUCCUCAACAGUCUGCAAGGGUUCUUUAUAUUUCUGUUCCAUUGUCUGAUGAAGGAGAAUGUGAGAAAACAAUGGAGAAUCCAUUUGUGCUUUGGCCGCUUCAGACUCCAAGACUACUCUGAGUGGAGCCAGACUUUUACAGUUGGUGCCAAAUCCAGACCUAACCCUCUGGUGCGCAUGCCCUCAGUGAGGUCCAUAAAGUCCAGUGCCACAGAAAGCACUUCGGCCUCCUCCGACUCCAGUCAACGACAGGUCUCCAUCAGAAGACCUAACUUGGACCUUGUGUAUGAGAAUAACUUGGCACUACCACUUGUCCAACACAACUCCACUCCUCUACCUCACAAGAGUGCCUCUUUCCCAGAGGAGGGGAACUGCGAGGGGCCCUCUUGGCAAGACGGAUCUCACCCAAGACAUCGGCUUCCCAUUCCUUAAGACCUUUGAAAUACGGCAAGGAGGAACACCUUAAUUUGUGCUAAAUGAAUGAAUAGAGAAACAAAGAUUGUAACUUGUGCAAUCUGAAAUAUCAGACAAGGCUUGGUUCUGUGUAACAUGGCAGCUUUCGCUUUGACUCAAUCUGGGACAUGAAUGCACUUGUAUGAUAAAGCAACAUUUAGGACAUAAUAUGAAUGGUGUUUUUAAUUUCUACUUACCUUGGAGCAAAUUAAAAUGAAGUUCUUUGUGAUGAUCUAUCUGAUGAAUGAUGUCCUGGCCAUCUUCACUGAUCUAUUUAUUGUACUGAAGGUGUGACAAAUUAGACUAGUAUGCAUGUGUGCAAUACAGACAAUAAAUUACA